GAGUUCUUUCCAGUAUGGGACCUCACAAGGCUGAUGCUCACGCCAAGCCAGAAAAACCGACUCAGGACCUCUCUCUCAUAAACCCUCAGAAGCUGCUCCAAGUCCCGCCUGUGUCCCUGCGACUUCGUGUGCUGCCUUGGUGGUUCCCAGUCCAGGAACUCAGCAAUCCUAUGGUGUUCUACCUGGAAUCCUGGGUGGCAGAAAGAAUCAUUGGCUCAGACCAAGUCGAAAUCUCAGAAAUAGAGUGGAUGAGCCAGGCCUUGCUGAGCGUGAACUCGGCCAACUCUGGGAAACUAGCUGAAAUCACCAUCUAUGGACGACCCAGUGCACAGAUUCGAAUGAAAAACAUUCUCUUGAACAUGGUGGCCUGGUACAAAGAAGACGAAGUCCAAAGAGCUCUGAAGCUGAAACAAGUUGAAGAGUUUUUAAAACAUGCGUCCUCAAUCAUAACCCAAGCGGCAAAGGGCAAGUUAGACUCGAGCUGA